AUGGAUUCAGGGUGCACGUUUCACAUGACUCCUAAUCGAGAUUUCUUGAUUGACUUUCAGGAAAAUGAUAGGAGAUCAGUUCUGCUAGGUGAUAAUGGUGCUUGUGAUGUUAUCAAGGGUUCUUUGGUGAAGCUAACCUUGAGGAAUGGUCUUUAUGUGUUGCAAGGUACUGCAGUUUUAGGUAGUGCUGCUAUUGCAUCUGGGAAAGAAACAGAUAAAUCUAUAUUAUGGCAUAACAGAUUGGCUCAUGUGAGUGAAAGAGGUCUACAAGCUCUUUCACAACAAGGUUUGCUUGGAGGAGUUAAAGACAUUGAACUCCCAUUUUGUGAACAUUGCAUAAUGGGAAAAUCUACUAGAGUGAAGUUUGGGAAAGGGAAGCAUUCUACUAAAGGGAUUUUAGAUUAUAUUCAUUCGGAUUUGUAG